GGUCCAAAGUCCUGGCACUGGCAAUGCCAGGUUCAGCGUGCUCAGGGCCCCUGGGUGGACCCUGUCCCCUCCUCUCCCGUUGCCCAGGGCUGUCCACCUGGUUCUUCAGAUCAGCCCCCUCCUUAGCCUGGGCUGUGUGGUGUGAGGGACCUUCAGCCCAUCUCCGACGCUAUUAUGACAAAGGAUUACCAAGAUUUCCAGCAUCUGGACAAUGAGGAGAACGACCACCAUCUGCGGAGAGGGCCGCCGCCCGCCCCACCGCUCUGGCAGCGCCUCUGCUCCGGGCCCCGGCUGCUCCUGCUCUCCCUGGGCCUCAGCCUCCUGCUGCUCCUGGUUGUCUGUGUGAUCGCGUCCCAAAACUCCCAGCUCCGGGGGGACCUGCGGGCUCUAAAGCAGAAUUUCAGCAACUUCUCUGCGAGCACUGAGGACCAGGUCGAGACCCUGCGCACCCAGGGAGGCAGUGUGGGAAGAAAGAUGAAGCUGCUGGAGUCGCAGCUGGAGAAGCAGCAGCAGGAUCUGAGCAAAGAUCACUCCAGCCUGCUGCAGCUCGCGAAUCAGCUGGUGACCGACCUCCGGAGCCUGAGCUGUCAGAUGGCGGCGCUUCAGGGCAACGGCUCUGAGCGGACCUGCUGCCCCAUCAACUGGGUGGAGCGCGGAGACAGCUGCUACUGGUUCUCCAGCUCGGGGCGGCCCUGGCUGGAGGCGGACAAGUACUGCAAGCUGGAGAACGCGCACCUGGUGGUGGUGACGUCCUCAGAGGAGCAGAAGUUCCUCCAGCACCACAUGGGCCCUAUAAACACUUGGAUUGGCCUGACGGACCGGGACGGGCCCUGGAGGUGGGUGGACGGCACGGACUACGAGACAAACUUCAAGAACUGGAGGCCGGAGCAGCCGGAUGACUGGCACGGACACGGGCUGGGAGGGGGCGAGGAUUGCGCCCAUUUCUCCGCCGACGGCCGCUGGAAUGACGACAUGUGCAGGAGGCCCUACCGCUGGGUCUGCGAGACGGAGCUGGGGGCCGCCAGCUAGGCGCCCUCCCCUAACUUAUUUCUUGACGCUGAGCUGUGAGGCUUAGGCGGGGAGCCCUGUCUAGGGGUCUCCGCAGCUGGGAGUUUCGGGGCGUUUGUGGCCCAUGCCCGCUGGGGUUCCCCCCUCCCAGGCUCUGUGCAGCGGGCAGUGGACGAUUGUCAACUUUUUUUUUUUUUUUUUUAAGAGUAAAAAAAAAGAAGAGACUUA